UAUAGUAGCAUACACAUGAUCAAGUGCGUUUUAGUACCUGAUUGUAGUCGUCAGCGUCCUGAUCGGAAUGGAAAUGAGAAGAGCGAUCUAGCGAAGGUAAUUUGGCGCAUAUCACGAUUCGUCUUCAAGGAAGCCAUCGUUGGUAUACGCUGAUCAAUCUGGGAAGAAGAUCGCACAUUCAGAUCCACUACUAUGGGACUAUUGACGAUCAUCCGAAAGAAUCGACUCAAGGAGAAGGAGAUGAGGAUCCUCUUCCUCGGACUGGAUAACGCGGGGAAGACGACGAUCUUGAAAAAGCUGAACGGGGAGGAUAUCAGUACGGUCAGCCCGACUCUAGGAUUCAACAUCAAAUCUUUCGGAUACAAAGGGUACACGCUGAACGUCUGGGACGUAGGCGGUCAACGGACGCUUCGGCCAUAUUGGAGGAAUUACUUUGAAGCGACCGAUGCAGUGGUCUGGGUUGUGGAUUCAUCAGACCGGCUGAGGACCAAAGAUUGUCAGGAAGAGUUGAAGGGGUUGUUGCAAGAAGAGAGAUUGGCAGGUGCGACAUUGUUGAUCUUUGCCAACAAGCAGGAUAUUCCCGGCUCGAUGAGCUUGGCGGACAUUCGGGAUGCUCUGGAUCUCCCCUCGAUCCAGUCCCAUCGAUGGCUCGUGCAGCCGUGUUCAGCGUAUACAGGGGACAAGCUCGUAGACGGGCUGGACUGGUUGGUGCAAGACGUGGCGGACAGGGUGUACUACUCGAGUCCUGCGAUACCGGUCGAGGAGAAGGAAAAGGACACCGUGGCUGCAAAAAUCAACAAGGCUGGAUCCCUGACAGCAUGAAUCGCCGUCCAUACGGGAUGCAGAGCAGUACUGAAAAUGGUGUCUACGAUCAAUUCGACGAUGAUGCCAAACGGACCGAGUUAUUCGACGAUCCACCUCAAGGUUGCCGAUACGAGCGAGCCCUCCAUGUGAUGAGGCAUCACAUGCUAUAAUUACUUGUUUGCCGUGUUCGACGGACGGUUAGACGACAAGCCUGUCGUUUUGAGGGCCAGCAUGACCAGGUGAAAAAGUAGACCUCCUUUGUCUGGACUGGUCCGAACCGUUGUAAGAAACUCUUAUGACUGACUAUAUACUACCCCCUAGUACCCCCUAACGUCCUCAGUUAGUGAGCUUGCUCGCACACACAAAUCAGAUCAAUCUAUUUACUUCCGUC